UUUACCUCCACUUAGCUUUUUCCCCGCCAUCCAACCACCGCUACUCCGAUCAUCCAUAACUACCACUGCCGCCGCCGCCACCAUCCACACUCUCUUUCAAUGGUGAUUUCGCAUCAACAUUCAUUCCUCACAGUCCCUUCUUUUUCUUCUUGUUUUUCAUCUCAAAAAACUUACAUUCUUUCCCACCUUCAUUUCCCUUCUUUUUCUUCUUCUUUCCGGGUCAGUCUCUCGAAUCUUGAUCAUCCCGAACCCGAACCCAUUUACGCAUCCGUCAAAUCUUUCGCCCCAGCUACAGUAGCCAAUCUGGGUCCAGGCUUUGACUUUCUGGGUUGUGCCGUUGACGGAAUUGGAGACUACGUCACUCUCAAACUCGACCCAAAUGUCCACCCUGGCGAUAUCUCUAUCUCCGAUAUUUCCGGCUCAGGUAACUCUUCUAAAAAGUUAAGUAAAAACCCUUUAUUGAAUUGUGCUGGUAUAGCUGCCAUUUCUGUUAUGAAUAUGCUAAAUGUUAAGUCUGUGGGUUUAUCGUUGUCGCUCGAAAAGGGUCUCCCUCUUGGUAGCGGCCUCGGCUCCAGCGCUGCGAGCGCUGCAGCCGCGGCCGUUGCGGUUAACGAGCUUUUCGGAGGGAGGUUAGGUUCUUCAGAUUUAGUCCUGGCUGGACUUGAAUCUGAAGCAAAAGUAUCUGGGUAUCACGCGGAUAACAUUGCGCCCGCGAUUAUGGGUGGGUUUGUUUUAGUUAGGAGUUAUGACCCGUUGGAAUUCGUUAGGUUAAAGUUCCCGAGUGAUAAGAAUUUGUGUUUUGUGCUUGUGAAUCCUGAGUUUGAAGCACCGACUAAAAAGAUGAGAGCGUGUUUGCCGGAUGAGAUAACGAUGAAGGAUCAUAUAUGGAAUAGUAGUCAAGCUGGGGCGUUGGUGGCGGCUGUGUUGCAAGGGGAUUUGGUUGGGUUAGGAAAGGCGUUGUCGUCUGAUAAGAUAGUGGAGCCAAGAAGGGCGCCUUUGAUUCCGGGUAUGGAUGGUGUGAAAAAAGCUGCAUUAGAGGCAGGGGCGUUUGGGUGUACAAUAAGUGGAGCUGGACCGACUGCUGUGGCAGUUACGGAUGAUGAGAUAAAAGGGAGAGAGAUCGGGGAGAAAAUGGUUGAAGCUUUUUUGAAACACGGGAAUUUGAAAGCUUCGGCUAUGGUUCAGAAGUUGGAUAGAGUUGGUGCUAGGCUUGUUAGUAGUACUUCCAGAUAGGAUAGGAGUAUCUAUUGUAUCUUUGAGAAAUUAUCGAGAUGACGGGGUAAGCUUUUGUAUUGGUUUAUGAUGGAAUUAUAUUCGAACUUUUUUUUUUAAUGAUUUUUGGUGUAUGGUUUCUUCUUUAGAGUGGUAGAGUGAAAAACAAUACCAUGGAUGAAUUGGUGAGGAACACAAUGAUUGUUAAAUUCAUUUUUGAUACGUUAGGUUUUAAUUUCUUGGACGAUUGUCAUGAUGGGGUAAUGAAUGUUCAUCUGGUUUUUCCGGUUA